AUGACGCGCAGCGAGCUCGAAGACUUGUACAGCAUCGUCGUAACGGCCGAGAGAGAUACAAACGUUGGCAUGAUGAUGGACGAGUCGCCAGAGAAGAUCCUACUUAUCAGAGUAGGCAUUGCACUCGGGUUACUGCUAUCGCCGGAUCACAGCUUCACGGAAGUCUUGAUAACUGAGUUGACAACAAAGGCCGCGCAACUCAUGCCUCGCAUACUCAACCAAGAAACAGUACCGAACGCAGUGAUACCAGACGAUCUGCUCAAAGACCAAUUGCAUGCCAGUGGUCUCGCGGAAAUAAUCAAGUGCCCAGGUUUGGCACAAGAUCCCGGUCGAGACAUGAUGUUGCGACACAUCGAAGAGCACUUCGUUGGCUACGCGGCUUCCGUCGAACACCAGCUUACCGGUAGAGAGCGGGCGUCAGGGGCUCUCGAUGGCUACCUGAUCUUCUUCAUCGGUCUUUUCAUCGCAUCGCUGCCGCCUACCCAGGAGCGACAAAGAUGCGUACUUCAAUGCCUGAGCAGUCUCACUGUGCUCUCAAUUCAUUACACUGCUCUCCAAGGCUUUCGCAACAUCCUCAUGGCAAUCCAAUCUCGACCAUCAUCUCACGAGCAUCUCAAAAGCUUAGUGGCCGCGUCAGAGAUCGCGGUGUCGUGCCAUGUGCGACGACUCAUCUUCGGCAGUGUGUGA